GUCAUCUAUUUUGGGACGGAGGGAGUAUUUUCAAACAAUUCUAGGACUUCCUGACAAGGUCCGUAGACUGUCUGUCCAGUUGGGAGGUGCAAAAGGUGCAAAUACUAUACCAGACAAUAUGAGAACAUCCCAAGUUAGAUCACUACUAUUUUCUGGAUUCUUCAAAGGUGUACCCUCCAUUGUAGAAUAUGGGCUUCUUCAAGUUUUGAUUCUUCAUAUUUGGUCUGAUCAAGACAAGACUUUUGACCUCACUUCAAUUGGUGAACUAUAUCGACUGAGAUAUCUGAAGAUUGAGUGUAAUAUCACUGUCAAGCUUCCAGGCAAGAUUCGAAGGCUGCGGCACUUGGGUACUCUGCAGGUAGAUGCAAGAUUAGCGGUUGUUCCAUCUGAUAUUAUUCAUCUGGAUAAGUUGCUGCACCUCCGCCUCUGGAGUGAGUCUAUUUUGCCUCAUGGGGUUGGCCAUAUGACAUCUCUUCGUACUCUGGGUUAUUUUGAUCUCAACAGUAACCCAAAGAUCAAUUUGAUGGAUCUGCACAAGCUGACAAAUCUGCAGAAUCUUCAGCUCACCUGUUCUACAGUACCACCAGCUAAAUGCCUUGAAAAGAAUAUGCAACUCCUGAGCUCAGUCCUUAACAAACUUAGCAUCCUGCAGUCUGUAACUCUUGUACCUGCUACAGGCUCCUCCAAUGUAAAUACUUUACAGGCUGAUAAUGAUACUGGUGCUUCAGGCAUGAUCAUUUCAUUUGAUGGCUUCAGCAGUGUGUCCCCUGCCCCAGCCCAUCUUCGGAGACUCGAGUUGUCGCGUCGUUGCUGCAUCUUCUCCAGACUCCCAAAAUGGCAUGGUGAACUUGCUUAACUCUGCGUUCUUAAGAUUGCAGUCAAGGAGCUAUCGAACGAAGAUACUGAUAUACUGAAAGGGUUACCUGCCCUCACUGUUCUGUCGUUGCAUGUCAUGACAACGUCUGCAGAAAUGAUUGUCUUUGGCAAGGGAGGGUUCUCAGUUCUCAUAUACUUCAAGUUCACGUGCACUGUGCCUUGGCUGAAAUUUGAAGAGAAUGCAAUGCCUAACCUCCAGAAGCUCAGGCUAGGUUUCAACGCAACAGCAGUGGAUAAACAAGGGAUCAUUAUUGAGCACUUGUCAUGCAUUAAAGAGAUAUCUGCAAUAGUUGGUUGUGUGAACGUUGGUGCAGGGUCUGCCUGCCAGAAAGCUAUUGUGAACGAUCCAAGAAAUCCUAAGGUGCAAUGGAUGGGCUCCAUUUAUGUUGGUGACGAAGGUACAGGACACCUGGUGACACAUGAAGCCCAGGAAUAUUACAGAGCUCAAGGUAAGGUUUCAGGGGGAGGUGAAAUCAUGGAUGAAACUGAUGGAAUUCAAGAUGAGAACAAUGAAGCCGCUAAUAAAAACAAUCCAAGAAAUCAAAUGGUGCAAUCGAUGGGUUCGAUUUAUUAUGGUCUCAAAGGUACAGAAAUGGUGACGAUAAGACCCAGAAACCAACCAGGGCAGUUGCUGAUGACUGUGCUGGGCAGGUUGCUGAGACCCAUUAUCCCCACACUUCUGGCCAGCAUAUUGUGCUACGUAUUGGGAUGGUUGCUCUCGAGCAUCAUCCGCUCGGUCCCUUUGAAGCAGCGUUCCAUGGCCACGCCCACUAGCUGGGAUGUUGGCACAGCUGGCUGGGUCAUUGUGCUGGGCUGGUUGCUUUCGCCCAUUAUCGCCUUUCUCUUGCCCAAGACCCUUUCCUGUCUGGGCUUCGACACAUCCAAGAAGCUCCUGGAACUGGAGAACUGCAUCAUCCCAGAACUGCAGCAGGCGAUGCGGGCAGUGGAUCAAGAGAGGAUGACGCAGAGAGUGGAGAAACUGAAACCUGAUGUAGCCACGCUGGACAAGAUGGCCGCCAUGCUGAGGCAUUCCCAGGAGGAAGCGGAAGACAUCUUUGAUGAUGCUAAGCAAAAGAUCGUCAGUGGUGACAUCGUCUAUGAUGCCGUGCAGACCUGCAGUGACUACUUCUACAGGAGUUCUCUGGGGAUUACAGGCAUCCUCCGGAGAGGAUCGUGUCAGCUACUGCAGUGGGCACAGAGCAUCUCCACCUUGUUUCAGUGGUUCCCACGCAUGCAUGCAUAUAUGUUCUUUACCAUAUGUUAUGAGACUGCAGCCUCAAAUUUCUCGGGGAGAUGGUUCUGUUGCUUGUGCAACUCCUUUGGCUUGUUCAUCAACUGUUGUAGGUCCAUGUUCUACUCGAUAGUUCAUGCGAUUGAGUUGGCCUGCUUGUAUCGAGACUGGUCCUAUGACGUGGUUGGCAUCAUAGGUUACCAGGAGAAUGCCACUGUGUUAAGUUUUUUCCUUACAGCAAUCUCAAAACAGAACUUGAAGAAAAGAAUAGAGAAGGUACAAAGCACCAUUAAUGAAGUUAAGAAGUCACAACUCUUGUGUGUAGUCAGCAAGAACACGCCGGAUGAUAUUGCCAACAGGAACAGGUGCAGAAUUAGAACUGCUAGCAAGCUUAAGGUAUUUGGUCGAGAGGUGUUGCGUGAUAAUAUCAUGGCAAAGCUCUGUGAGACACGACAUUGUGAUGCACCAAGCUCGAGUGCUUGUCCAUGUUAUUCUGUGGUUGGCAUAUAUGGUCUUGCGGGGUCAGGGAAGACUACCUUUGCACAAUAUACUCGAGAUUUCAUAGAAGGGUGUGAGGAGAAACUUUUUGACACCAUUAUGUGCAUUCAUCUUUCGGAAACUUUCAGCGUGGAUGAUAUAUUUCAUCAAAUGCUGAAGGAUAUUACCAAAGAUUGGCAUUCCAGUUUUUCGGAUCGUGGGGAGCUGGAAGAGAAGUUGAAGGAAUCGUUGAGUGACAAACGUUUCUUCUUGAUAUUGGAUGAUCUCUGGGUGAAGAACAAGAGCGACCUACAGCUGCAGGAACUACUCUCUCCGCUCAAUGUUGGGAAGAAAGGAAGCAAAAUCCUAGUGACGGCUCAAGCAAAAGAUGCAGCUAGAGCUCUGUGUGCUGAUGAACCUAUUAAAAUGCCUGAUUUGGAUGAGGACCAAUACUUUUCUAUGUUUAUGCAUUAUGCACUUGGUGGUACAAGUGUUGUUGAUGAAGAAUUCAUACGAGUUGGGAGGCUGAUUGCUGAAAAGCUACACCGAUCGCCUAUUGCAGCAGUAACAGUGGCAGAAAAGCUUGAGACAAAUGCAGAUAUCCAUUUCUGGAAAAACACUGCAAACAAUGACAUGCUGAAUGACACCAUGGAUGCUCUUUGGUGGAGCUAUCAACGGCUUGAUCCGGACAUCAGGCGCUGCUUUGAAUUCUGCAAUAUUUUUCCUCGAAGAUCCAAGCUGAGAAGGGGCGAAUUAGUUCGCCUGUGGAUAGCACAGGGGUUUGUAAAGACCAGUUCUGCAAACAUGGAAGCUGUAGCUGAGUGCUACCUUCAAGAGUUGGUGUCAUACUCAUUUCUGCAACCAGAAGGAACUAGUUCUGAAUCUUCUGAUACGGAUUGCUUUACAAUUCAUGGUCUGCUGUAUGAUUUAUUAGACAAGGUCUGUGGAAGUGACUACUACAGAAUCGAGAAUGCAAGGAGCCAGAGAGGAGAAAGCUGGAAAGGGGAUAUCCCUGAAGAUGUCCGCCAUCUUUUUGUUGAGAAUUGUGAUGGAAAAAUGAUUGAGAAGAUCCUUGGAUUGAAAAAAUUACGCACUCUCAUUAUUUAUAUUGUUGAAUGGGAUACACCAGUUGAGGAAAAAUUCAUCAACGGUAUAUGCAAGAGGCUUCUUAAGUUACGGGCAUUACACGUUGCUUUGAGACACGCAUAUGAUCCAAUCAAUGCACCCAAUAAGUUCUCCGUCCCAGAAUCUAUUAGUCAAUUAAAGCAUCUACGCUAUCUUGCUUUCAGGAUAAACCACCAAUGCACUGUUCUUCUACCAGGCGCUCUAAAUAAGCUUCAGCAUAUCCAGCAGCUAGAUUUUGGUUCUUGCAAUAUUUUGGGAUCUACCUCUCUUGAUCUUCUCAACUUGCAGCACAUAAUCUGCGGGGCCAUGAAAUUUCCUAACAUAGGCAAGCUGACUUCACUCCAAACGAUCCCAGGCUUCACAGCAAGUAAUGAACAAGGUUGUGAGUUAAAGCAGUUGAGGGAUCUUAACAAGCUUCAUGGAAGCCUGCGGAUUGUUGGACUUGAAAAUGUUAAAAGCAAGGAGGAAGCUCUUGAAGCCAAUCUAGCUGCCAAGGAAAGGCUCGCGGAACUUAAAUUGCACUGGGAAGGUGAUGAUGAUACAGGGUGCAGUCCAGAAGUUGAAGCAGAGGUACUUGAGGGCCUGUGCCCUCAUGUGGGGCUUAAAACACUUCACAUCUACAGCUACGAAGGUUCGAGGUGCCCAAAUUGGAUGGUGGGUAAGCAGAAUGUUGGCCUGCAAGAACUUCUAUUAUAUGGAUGGAAUCAACUUGGACCUGCUCCGGAAAUUGCGGUCUUCCCUUGUCUUCGUAUACUCUGUCUUUGCGACUCCAGCUGGGAGGCGUUACCAGAUGAUAUGGAGCACCUCAUGUUGCUCAAGGAACUGGAUAUCAUUAGAUGCGAGAACAUCCGAUCUCUUCCCACACUUCCCAGGUCUCUUGAGUGGUUUUAUCUUGCUUCCUGCAAUGUGGAAUUCAUGAGCUCUUGUAAAACAGUCGGACAUCCAAACUGGCAGAAGAUUCAGCACAUCCCCGUCAAGGGAGUUGAUAUCCCAACACCAACACCCUCAGAAGAAGAAGCUGACUCUGAUGGGAUAUUGGGAUUACAUCAGAAGGCUUUAGGCCUUGCAAUGCAGUCAGGCUGUUAAGGGAAUGUGCAGCCAGCAGGAAGGUGAUUUACAACUUGAGAUACCAAGAGAAAGCACAACCAGGCCAGGCCACUCGAUGUGUGAGAUUUUUUCUUUCUUUCCUUGUCUUGUUCAUCUUGAUAUUUGUUUGUUUGUGCACUGUGAUUUCCAGAGUAAACCAGACGUAUAUUACCGUACUACAGUUUAAUU